AUGGAUUAUACCCCACCAUCAAUACCAGGUGACGGCCAACGCGGACACAGUGCAACAGAAUGUGCCAUGGGAAUACACGAAGAUGGUGCAAAAUAUUGGAGACCCACCACACAAACCGAGAAGACACCGUAUGAAGGACAACAAUUCGAUACAGUAGACACAUGGAUUGAUUUCUACGUGGACUACGCUAAAGAGGCAGGAUUUGAUGUUAGGCACGGCACAAAGCGUAGAAAUCGGAAGGGGGAAGUGUCAAUCAAAUACUUGUUGUGCUCACGGGAGGGAUACAAAGCCGAAACAAAAGAACCCCAAAAUACCACAAAAGGAAGAAAGAGACGGAGGAGAACGUCCAACAGGACAGGAUGUAAGGCGCGUAUGGUACUCACAAAGCGUAAAACAAGCGGAUACAAAGUCCAUGCAAUCGAGCUGCGACAUACACACUGUCUAUGCUCAAACGCAAGCAAACCUUUUCUAAAGAUAAAUAGGCAACUUGACAUCGGCCACAAAACCUUUUUGGCUCACUGUGCAAAGGCAAACAUAGGCCCUACAAAAGCGUUCAGACUAUUCAAAGAGAUGGUUGGAAGCUUUACAGAUAUAGGAGCAACAUGCAUUGAGUUCUGCAAUUUUAGGCGAGACCUAUUGGCCUAUAUAGCUGAGGCAGACGCCCAAAUGGUGAUAGAAAACAUGUUCAAAAGAAAAGAGGACAACCCAGACUUCUAUUUCGAUUUUGACAUAGACGAAGACGCUCAAUUAACCAGAUUAUUUUGGGCAGACGCACAAUCCCGAAGGAAUUAUGCAUGCUUCGGCGAUGUCAUGUCAUUCGACGCUACAUACAGCACAAACAGGUACAAGUUAGUCUUCGUCCCCUUCACGGGCGUGGAUAACCACAAGAGAUGCAUAACAUUUGGGGCAGGCCUAAUUGCGAAAGAAGACGUAGAGUCAUAUGAGUGGCUACUAACUAAGUUCAACACUGCAAUGGAAUACGCGCCCAGAUGUACUACAACUGACCAAGACCCUGCACUAAAGAUAGUUGUACCACAAACUAUGCCAACAACAAGGCAUAGAUUCUGUAUGUGGCACAUUAUGACAAAAGUGGGGGAAAAGGUAGGGGUUGCCUUGUGGCACAACCCGGACUUCAAAAAGGCAUUGAAUAGUACCGUAUGGGAUGACACACUGACCACAGAUGAAUUCGAGAGAAAAUGGGAAACAAUAAUGAAAGAAUACAACCUUAAAGACCAUAGGUGGUUUACCCAGCUUUACGAGGCGCGUGCAUCCUGGAUACCAGCAUACUUCAAUGACAUAUUAAUGGCGGGACUACUCCGGACAACAUCAAGAUCAGAAUCAGAAAAUAGCUAUUUCGGUAAAUUCACAAACCACCACUGCAGCCUAGUAGAAUUCAUAGCACAAUUCAACAGCGCCAUCGGAGAACAAAGACACAAGCAGGCAAGACUAAUCGCAGAAAAUGAAGGUUCGUACCCUGAAACCAAAACCCCUUUGAGUAUUGAGAAGCACACUACUACAGUGUACACUAUAAACAUAUUCUACGAAUUCCAAGAAGAGGUAUGGGAAGCCAGUUUCACAUGUGACAUCAUCGACAAACACAACAUAGGGGAUAUAUGGAAAUACACAAUUAAGGACACAAAUGGAAAAAUGUAUGAAGUAACAGAAACUCCACAAGCAAUGGAAAUAGAGUGUGCGUGCAAAAAGUUCAACCGUGUUGGUAUACUAUGCAGACAUGUGCUGUUGGUGAUGAAGAAAAACGGGUAUGAGUUAAUCCCAGAAAAGUAUAUUGUUCCACGAUGGACACGAAACGCGUGUGCACACCCAUUAUACGAUGUCCCAUGGGCAAGAAAAACAAAUAUUACCAAGACGAAUGAAACAACAAAAGUUGCAAAUCAACUAUGGAAUGAAUUCUACAACUGCAUGGGAUUAGCGAAUGGUUGGCCUGACAAGAUGGACCAAAUGUUGGCAACAUUGCAACAACUGAAAAAAGAUCUACAAAAGGAGGCGCACCAAACACAAGAGGGAGCGCACACCGAAACCAUGUUUGAGAGACUAGUCGAAUCAAGCAGACCAAGCGACAUACAAAUAAAACCCCCACAGGUUGCAAAAAACAAAGGGAGUGGAAAGAGACUCAAAAGCAGCAAAGAAAUAGCCACAACGAAGAACCAAAAGAAAAAGGAACGGACAUGCAACAUAUGUGACCUCCCGGGCCACAACAGCCGCACCUGUCCAGAUAAACUUGCAUAA